GGGCGGGCGCGCGCAGUGGAUUAUUUGGUUUGCGGACGCAGCGGGCAAUUAAGUCAGGCGGGCGGGCGGCUGCGCGGUGCCGGCCGGGCCGUGGAGCGGUGCCGUGUCCGGGCCCCGCAGCGAUGGAGCCGGUGUCGGCGGCGGUGUCGGCCGUGCUGCCGGCGGGCGGCAGCGGGGAGCGGCUGGGCGGCGCCACCCCCAAGCAAUUCUGCGGCCUGCAGGGGCGGCCGCUCGUCAGCUACGCGGUGCGGGCGAUGGAGAGGGUAAGCUGGAUAUCUGACAUUAUUGUGGUGGUCUCCCCUGAAAAUAUUGAAACAAUGAAGUCUAUCAUUGAAAAAUACGGCCACAAAAGAGUUACGGUAGUGAAAGGUGGAAUAACGCGUCACCGAUCAAUUUUCAAUGGACUGAAAGUGUUUGCAGAGAAUCAAUCUUCCAACCGUCUGCUGCAGAAACCAGAAGUAGUGAUUAUCCACGAUGCUGUGAGGCCCUUCGUUGAAGAAGAUAUUCUAUUAAAAGUGGUUACGGCUGCUAAAGAGCAUGGGGCAGCAGGAGCAAUUCGUCCUUUAGUUUCUACUGUUAUUGCCUCUGGUGAAGAUGGCUGUUUAGACCACUCAUUGGAACGUGCCAGGUACAGAGCAAGUGAAAUGCCUCAGGCUUUCUUAUUUGAUAUAAUCUAUCAAGCAUACCAACAGUGUACAGACCAUGACCUGGAUUACGGAACUGAAUGUUUGCAUCUGGCUCUGAAAUACUGUAAAACAAAUGCAAAACUUGUUGAAGGAACAGCUGACCUCUGGAAGGUGACCUACAAGCGGGAUCUGUAUGCAGCUGAAUCGAUUAUUAAGGACAACCUAUCGCAACAAAUUUGUAUUAUUACUGAUGUGAAGGAAGCUGUUGUACAAGUAGGUUUUCUCCUUCAUGAAUCUCUAAAAAGCCAAGUAAAAGUUGAAGCUAUAUCGAUAUCUCUAAGCAAAAAUGAUAGCCAUCCACAAAACAUCUUUUCAGGAGAGUGCUACAAUUUUCUUUGCAUCAAUGAUAAAGAGUAUGCUACUGAAGAAAUCCAGCAACUAGUGGAUAUGUUAGAAAAAUCAAAUAUUCCUCUCUUAUAUCCAGUGGUUCUUAUUUCGGUGCACUUGAAUAUUUCAGAAAAUAUUUCUUUCAGCAUUGGGUUGGAAGAACUAACUAAGAUCAAGAAAUUUGCAAGGGAAGUGAAAAAGAAAAAUAUUUUGGUUUAUGGUCUCCUUAUCCAAUAUAAGGAUCAUUUCCCACUUCAGGAGACAGUAAAUUCUGCUGCGGCUCUGACCAUGGCAUUAAUAAAGGACAGAAACCCUGAGCUGAUCGGACAGCUGUUGGUAGCAUAAGACCAUAAAUCAUUUGUAGCUUUUGGAAAUGUGUCUUUUUCAUCAUGCAUUCACCAAAGGUCUUGAAUCAUUUUACCCUUUGAUGAAAACUCUGGAUUUAUGACGUUUACUAUUAAGAUCUUUUAACAACGUAUUUUUGAUACUUUAAAUACAAGUCUGAUAUUAUGUAUAAAGUGCACAAAUCAUUCUGAAAUACACUUUUUUUUGUGAAGUACUGAUCAUUUAUAAAGGUGCACAGAGGACACCAAAAUGUUCAAUCUUCACGCAGGAUUGUCUUUAACGCAUGCAUGUAUGUUGUACUCUAGGACUGCGUUAAAUGAAUUAAUCCUAAAACACAGCUCUUGUUCUUUAUAUGAAAUUAUUUUAAUAUUGCUGCUAUACAUAUUAAUGAGUGUGGAGUUUAUUAUAUGAUAUAGCCUUACCGAUGUCAGUGGAAAUACACAUUGCAAGCAGUGUUUGUCUGGUCAGGUCCCUGUCCUCCAUGGAGUGAAGGGUAACAAAACAAAGGAUGUGCAUGGGGAUAUCAAAGUGCUAUAGCCCAGUUUUCCGGAUAAGGAAUGCUCUGGCUGAAGCACUCCUUAGUACUAAUACUACUUCCAGUACCCAUGUGCGAUCAUUCAGAAGUAGCUCCAAUUGCUUUGCUGAGUACUGUAUUACACAAACUCUAUAUGUGCAUAUGCAUGUGCAUGCAUGUGCAUAUCCAUGCUAAAAAGAAAAGGGAUAAGACUGAAAAAACAUUAUGCAACUCAGUUUGUAGGUAAUGGAGAAACAGGAGGAAUCUGUUAGUUCAUCUACAAGAUUAUGAUUUUAAUCUCUUGCUGUUUACAACAUGUAUGUAUUAAAUUGUCGUGAAGAGAACUGAGUGUCAUGGGUUCAAAUGUAGGCUACAUUGAUAUUCAAGUGUGGAAAGUUGGGACAGAAGGGUAAAAUGGUGAAUGGCUACUAUGUUAACUGUCUCCAGGCAUGGUAACCACUGAGAGCAGUGUGAGAAAAGGACAGUCCCUGAAAGCACCUGUCCCUCUCUAUGCAUCAGACUCAGGAGGAAUUACAGCAUUCCUUCAGCUUGUGGAGGGCCUGGGUUAAUGUCUUCCAUACCUGCAGUGACUGGAACAGGGUCUUAAUGAAUCAACCCCACCAGGUGUUCAGUGAGCCUCCCCUUCUGUCUGUGCUGAGUUCCUCAAGUUUCUCUCUGAAAUCAAAUGUAUCAGCUACUUGACUACUGCUGUGCUUUCCUGAGGACAGUCACUCAUAUCUGGGCAUGAGGGACUUGUAGAGAAUUCACAAAAUCCUCAUAGAUCCCAGAUGUAGAAAGUAAUUUAGCCAGGAAAAUUUAGCCUGGUCUUAGCCAGUACAAUGAAAUAGGCAGGUCAAGUAAAGUGCAGAAUGUCAGUCUUGGCAUUCAGGAUGGAUCCUUCUCCAUGCUAGAUAAACCUUUCAAAACCCAUCUCGAAUAAGGCUUCUGAUUUUGACUCAGAAAUUUGUCUCUCCAUUAUCCAAUGGGUGUGGGAAGUUCUUUCCUGCAGCUCAGCUCUUCAAACAGGCAGAGGGAGAAAAGCUCUGACUGUUGUGGUUCAACAACAGAGGGUGACAAUGCCAGUGCUGGCUGAAGGAGGUCCCCAUCUCCCUUCCACUGCUCCCCCCAGAUUCCGCUCCCUCUGGUGCACAGAGAAAGCUUUGUGAGGGAGUUAGGGUUGGACUCUAUCCCCUGUCCCCUUCUCCUUCCCCCUGCUCCUUAAAAAAACACCUAAGAAUGGCUUAAUAACUUCUGCUGAGACACUGUCUGUCUAUACGUCUUUUAAAUCCCUUUAAGAAGCUGACGUUGAUCCCAGACUUCCUUCAUUACACACGUUGUUAGCUAACUGUUCUGGAUCCAAAACACACAUUUUCUUCCAUACAGAAAUCAUCCCAACACAACUAACAAAGGUCUCAUGCAUCAUCUGCUUCCUUCUUUGUUUCUCUCUCCUCUCUAAUUUGAUUAAUAAUUCGUCCUUUGCUGGCAUUGUACAACAUAAGCAUUCAUAUUAGCUGUGUAUGGCUAUACAACGGGCAUAUUUUAUUCAUAUGUGUAUAUUUAUGUCUGUUCAUAUGCAGAGUAGUCAAAUAAAUGAAGAAACAAAGGAUUUAUUAUUGGUAUUCAUAAUUUGACAGGACAGCUUUCAAAAAAUAAGUUUUCUGAAUUCACUUUUACAUUAAUAAAUUUGAUGAAGAAAUUCAUCUCACAGGCUUCCAAAAGACACAAUGAAAGAUAUUUCCUUGACUCUAUUUUUUUAUUUCCUUGAAGACUAAAGUACAAUCUGUGAUGUAUUUUCCCUGCAUAAUAAUAAGCAAGUGAAUUUAGAAAAUCCUUUAUGUUUUCCAUCGACUCUAAUGUAUACAUUGUGAUACAGUCUUAGCACUGGAUUGUGUGUAACUUGUCAUUUGCUUAAACAGAACCUUUUACUUUGUUGUGUUGCUUUACUUAACUCAUUGUCUUAAAAGGAUUUAAAUCCAAUUUAAACUGUUACUACAAUGAACUGCUGUAAAGAAAACUGAUAUCACGGUUGUUUAUGAGCUUAUUUUGAAAAGAGAAAAAAAAAGCACAGCAAAAAGUAAGUUUCAAGUCAUCAAACUUAUUUAAUACUAACCUUAAAUAAAAUAUAAUGAGAUUAAUAUACUCUUAUUCAUAAUAUUAUGGAUUUUUUGUUGUUGUUUUUAACAAUCUUUUAAAUAAUCUACAAACACUGAAACAUCUAUUUUACAGGAAGCAAAUACACCACCAGCAGAACUACUAAAACAGAUCAUGAAAUAGUAGAACUGCUUUAAAAAAAUAAAAGAAAGAGAAAGAAAAGAAAUUGGACUGUGAUUAAUGCUAUUGUGUAUCCAAACCAAAGUUAAAUGGUCUUUUGGAUGAUUGUUAAUACUUACAAUGGGAAUAAAGAUAUAAAAUGAAAUUAA